UGGGCAGGUGGUUUCAGGAGGAUCUGAAGACGCAUCUGUUGGGAGUAAACAAAAGUCUUUUAAAAGCCACCGGAGCUCUCUUGAAAAACUUAAGACCAUUUAUAAUUUAAGUUGCAGUAUUUUACCAAUAAAAAGAUGAACCGUGCUGAAGUUUAUCGAAGGAAACUGGCUAACCGAGCUGCUGUUUGUCGAUGAUUCAUCUUAUCAGCGUCGAGGCCGGGACACACACCUGCCGCUCCUCUUGAUACGUUUCAUUUUGCUGGAACUGAACUCUGCCCUUUAUUAUGAGCCAUUUUUCACCAUAGGACAAAGUGUACACGAUCAUGUUGUUUCGCCUGUUCAUACUCCUUCUCCUGCUGACCUGUGGAGAUCUGGCCUGCACCAGGAGGUUACUCUCCACAGAGGAAGACCAUGAAGUGUUUGUGGAUGAGGGGGACGCAAAUUCGUUCCUGGGUCGCCAUCUGCUGUUCAACCGGUUCGACUUUGAGAUGUUCGUUCCUGGCAACCUGGAAAGGGAGUGUUAUGAAGAAGUCUGCAAUUAUGAGGAAGCAAGGGAGGUCUUUGAGAACAUCCCAGCUACAAAUACCUUUUGGAAGGAAUACACUGCAGAAAAGAACAAAGGCCCCUCACGGAUCGAUGUGACAUCUCUUGUGGUGGGACUCGUCGUAGCUGGAGUCGCCAUAGUUAUCAUUGGCCUCAUGGUCUGGUAUUUCUGUCAAGACAAAUGCAAAGGCAACAUGAGCCGUGGAGGUUCCAUCCGGCGUCCGAGGAGGAGUAACGCUUCCCUAAUAAUUCGGCGACUAGAGGAGAUCUCCCUACAGCCGGUGCAUCCUCCAGCAGGCCCACCUGCUGAGGAGGAGCUCGACCCACCAGGACUGCCAUCCUAUGAACAGGCAACCGCUAGAAGUGGACCUCAUGACGCCCCGCCUCCUCCCUAUCCUGGCUCACGAUCUGGAAGCACACGGCGGUAGUAUCUUCACGACAACUUGUGUGCAUGUCUGUCAACAUUAAGCAGACACUUUACAAUUAGAAUCUAUACUGUGCUUUUAUACUGUAUCAAUUUUUCCAUCUUUUCAAAAUUUAAAAAAGUGCCUUUAUAUGUGAUAUUUAUAGCCCCAUUUAAGCUCUUCUUUUCCACUUAAAUGUUUUCAAUUGUUUCUUUUGGUAAUGUUUUCUGAAAUAAGAUCUUAAAUCCUUUUUAGCUCUGUCUUCCUGACCUGCUUUUGCCAAAAUGUAUCUCUCAUGUUUCUCAGGUGUGAUUGAGCUUUGUAAAGUAACCCCGACUUUAUGAUGAAUAAGCUUUAUGGUUUGCUGCUUUUUUAAAUGUAAGUGAAAAUGAAGAAUCCAUGUUAUGUUGGAGUAAGAGCUUUAAGUUGCUGGAAUACUUGGGCCCUGAAGGAGCAGUUGCUUUGAACACAGCACGUAUUGUAAGGGCAAGAGCAAGAUCAGUCAGUGUUUCAUUACAUAGUAAGUAUUAAUUGUAAUUGCAGAGAGACGGACUGAUCAGUGUGGUUAUACAACUUGCUGUCUACUUCAGAAGGAAAACCAGAAACAGCAAAACUGUCUUUAUUUGCAUGAUGUAAAUGUUGCCCUAAAGGAAAUACAUUUCCAAAUGUGCAGUGCUUUUGAGGCUAGCUUUGUUAGGAUUCACUGUGCAUUUUCACAUUGCCAUCUUUUACUCUUAUUUUUCUUAAAAUGUGCAGAUUUUUGUUCUAGUUUAUAUGCCAGAAAAAGUAUGAAUGUUUUGCCAACUAAUGAGAAUGCUCAUCUAACAGGUGAAAAUAUUGUUAUAAUUUCAACAUACAUUUUAUUAAUUGCAGACACUCUACAUAAGCAGCGUAACAACGUUUGUAUUUUGGCAGAAGAACAUUUGACAAUUGUACAAGAAAUUAAGAGCUGUGAAAACAAGAGUUAAAGAAUAUUUCAGCAGCUUUACAAGAUGCAGAACAGGAGUUUGGCCAAAACAAAGUAAUUUCUUUAAUUGUAGUUUGAAAGAGCAUCAUAUUAUUAAAGCAACAUAAGUUAAUAAGUUAUGUCCCUACAAAUUACUGUGCAAGUCCUGUAUGGCUGCACAUAGCCAUGUUUUUCCCAGGAUGCACUGCAGAAUUAACAAAAGGCUUCAUAAUGACAUUAUGAGAAUAUGUGGAGGGCUUUGUUGAAGCUGAUCGGAAGAAGAACUACUUGAAAUGCAAAUCUUUUAUAGUUGUUUUGAAUAAAAUGGAUAUUUAAAUUA